UUGGGGAUCGCCCACAUGGCCACCACCAGAGGUGAACGCAUUGCGCCAUCACCGCCACCUCGCCGCCGCCAAAUGCCCGACAACUCCAUGCUACAUUGGUGCCUUGGUGAACGCCAAUCCCUUGUGCGCACUCUGCUGUUCUACUUUUGCAAUUUCAUCUGGACGGUUGCAGUCGAUGUCGCCGUCGCCGUCCUUGGCCUCUGCAUUGUCCCGUUUGCAAUCUACGUGAGCUUUCAACCGCAACAUUCGCAACUGGCCGACGAACCCGUCACAAAGCGGUGCCGGCGAUGCGUCCACGGUAUGCUUUCGCGGUAUGUGACAAUCUUCUGGCGUGUUGAGCUGUCCCUUCUUGGUCUCUAUGAUCCCUGUAUCACAAGCGACUCGUUGGCCAGUCCACGCCGAACAUACACGUCUGCACGGCACGCUAAGUAUGUUGCUCUAUACAUCUUGUUGUGGAAAACGCUUGUCGUCCUUCCUGCGACGAUAUCGCCGCUGUGGAUCUUCGGGCUCGGCAUGCAAUCGCUUGUUGAGGGAAGGGCGGCGCGUUUGACAACUACCGCCCUUUUGUAUUGGUCGCUCUAUCUCGUUGCAGGGUACACGGUUGCGUCAGUGCUGAGUCUGUGCGUGGUUUCUGUAUGCGCCUACUUGCACAGGAAGAUCACUGAAGUGGUCGACGACGAAAUAGAAGGCACCCACUUGUUGAGUCAAGGCACGGUCCCGAGCCGUCCUUCUGGGACGUAUGCAUCGUUUUGUGACCUCAAAAGUCCGCUACAAGACAACCAUGGCUUCCACCACAAAUCACCGCGAGUUCGCCGCACGGACCAAGACGUUGUGGCCAUCGCAGUCGCCGAAAAGCACCCUAUCCCAUUUCAAGAAUCAUCUCGGUCAGCCGUACCUGCCGUAGCCGACGAACUCUCUCCGCAAUAUCUGUCGAUCGUGGCAGCUACCAAUCCAGCGAUGGAAGUGGCCAACCAAAGUCCUCCCGGGAGAUCCCUCCAGCAACUGUCCUUGUCGUCUCCAAUCUCCAUUCAUUCUGGGAAGACGAGUCCCCCAGCUGCCGCGCCCGUCGUAGCACCCACCACCCCAGUGAAUCUGCUGUCUCCCACGCGGGUGGACCACAACGCGACCCGUUCGCCCAGCCAUCUCGACGAAAAGCCGUCGGGCUCUGUCGCCGCCAGCACGGACAUUACUACGCUGCAAGCCGACUUGGUGACUGUCGAGUCGUCGAUUGCACAAUAUGAUACGAUGCUCGCCCAGGGGCCAAACAACAAACUGCGCCGACGUUUGGAGAAGGAACGCAGAGGGUUCGAAGACCGCCGGCAAAAACUGAUCGAAGAGAUCGCCUCCCAGACACGGCCGUACAUUCCCAUCGCGACCUCCCACCACAUUGGCAUUCCAGGCAGCAAUUAUGCCAUCGAGAGCCCCCGGUACGGCGAUGACGUGAUCUCGACCACGAUCCACGCGUGCCACAGCGACCCUCACAACACUAUGUUGUCCAACAGCUUUCUGCCGCCGACCCAGAGCUUUCAACAGGUGUUUCAUUCACCAGUCUUUCGUGGAAUGUCUGGGCCAGACACGUGGGGCUCGCCCGUUGUGUACAGCCACUCGUUUCUCGCAACUACGUCCCCUGUGCCAUACGACAGUUUGUCGCCUCCACGAUCGUCGUCGAUUUUGUCGACGUCUGCGCUUGCGACGUCGACGCCAAUCGUUCCAUUCCAUUUAUCGUCCACGGUCGUUCCUCCCGUCUUCCGCUCCCUCGCACCACCCUCCAUGCUGUCGGAUAGCUUUGGCGCUCGCCACACCCCGUUCACGAGUCUGCGCAAGCAACCUCAUGCCUUUACGCCAUCUCCCAACGAUCCUCUUGACGAACCGGUGCACAUGGUCGCCUACGCGCCUCCGUUUGUCCAACCCGCGUCCGAGUUUACGUUUGCCGUGUGGGCAUUUCUGUCGACCCAGCGCGACGACAUGCAUGAAGAAGCGUCGGCGCUGAAUCCAUCGUCGGCGCAAAUGUCCCGCGAUGUAUUGUUUCCGCUGCGUCGCGGCGCUCGCGCUCAUGUGACCCUAGAAGUCCCGAACGGAUUUGCAGUGGUCGGAGGGACCACGACGCAGGCGUUGACGUGGUCAGGGACGCCGAGUGCCGCGCAAUUUGCCAUCCUGGCGUCGGAUGAUGUCGCCAUCGGCCAAGUCCUGUUCAAAGCGACGGUGGUGUUUGGCGCGAGUGUCAUGCACUUGCGAGCGUUUGUGGUGGUGUCUGGAGCCAAGAGGUCCACUCGAGACGCUGCCGCCCACGACAAUGACCAUUGCGCGAUGGCGCCCCUCCACGCGGAACUCGAAAUGCUGGACGAAACCUAUCGAGAAAUCCCGUACGCGUCGCUGCAACUCAAAGAAUUGGUCGGGCGCGGGUACUUUGGGGACGCGUACCGUGCCGACUACAACGGCCGCGACGUCGUCGUCAAGACGAUUCGCGCCAGCGAACUCGGAGACACGACCGACCAUAUCGUGAAAGAAUUUCGCCAUGAAGCUGCCGUGCUCAACAUGUUCGGCCACCAUCCGAAUAUUGUGCCGUUUGUCGGCGCCUCCACGGACUUUUCGCAGCCGCUGACGCUCGUGACCGAGUACUUGCCAGGCGGGAACCUUGAGGACCGCCGAUCGACGUUGUCUCUCAAGCAAAAGAUGCAGGUUCUUGUGGACGCCGCAGCGGGAUUCCUCAACAUCCACGACGGCGGGUUCAUCCAUCGCGACGUAGCUGCCCGCAACUGCCUCGUCGACGCGAAUGCUCGAGCCAAAGUUUGCGAUUUUGGCAUGUGCCGCCGGGUUCACAACGCGUACGGGGGCUCGUGUGUGCAGGAAGGCAUUGGCCCGCUCAAGUACAUGGCCCCUGAGUCGCUUCAACCGCCAUACGGGUUCUCGACCAAGUCGGACGCGUACUCGUUUGGUGUGCUCAUGUGGGAGACAUUGGUCGAGCAGAAACCAUUUGGCGCGAUCCCGCCCCACGAAGCAGCCGCUCGCGUCCUGGAAGGCCACCGCCUCGAUGUCUCUUCCACGGCAAUUCCACCAGAAUGUGCAGCUCUCAUCACCGCGUGCUUCCAGGAAGACCCAGCCAAGCGCCCGUCCAUGCAAGCGAUCCUUGUUGCGCUGAUCAGUGCCCAGUCGACAGUGUAUUGAGGCGGACGGUCGAAAUGGAUCGAGCCCACGAGACACAACUGUAUUUAAGCCAAAUCUGUCGACCGCGGCUGCAUGGCGGCACGAGAUGCUCCAUCCAAAACGCAAUGGAGUGCUUCUCUAGAUCAACCUGGCGUGCCUUACAUGCAACCAUAGCCAGCAGUUGCGGCUGCCGCAAUCAGAGUGUAUCAUGCGCAUCUGUCAUGUGUCGGUAGAUGCAAUACCAUUCCUUUGCCAGACGACGCGGAUUCUUC